UAUAUAACAAACUCCUUCCGGUAAUAAUAAGAAUAAUAUCCUUUCCCACCCUUUAAAACCAACAAAAAACAUGUCUCCUCGUUACCGGAUUCUCGCCGGAAAAAAUUCAACCACCACACCACCACCGCUGCCGGAGCCAAACAAUGUCGACUCCGACUUCGUCGUCAUCCUCGCCGCCUUCUUAUGCGCCUUAAUAUGCGUACUCGGCCUCGUAGCCGUGGCGCGCUGCACCUGGCUCCGCCGGAUCUCCGGCAUAGUGAUCUCCGGCCGUACCGAUCAGCCGCCAUCCGCCGCCGCAAACAAAGGGCUUAAAAAGAAGGUGUUGAAGACCCUGCCGAAGCUCACGUACUCAUCGGAAACAAUUGCGGCCACCGUAUCGGAUUGUGCUAUAUGCUUGACGGAAUUUGUCGCCGGAGAUAUGAUACGAGUGUUGCCGCAGUGUGGUCAUGGGUUUCAUGUCACGUGCAUUGACACGUGGUUUGGUUCGCACUCGUCGUGCCCGUCUUGCCGGAAAGUUUUGGUUCCGGUGUCGAGAUGUAAGAAAUGUGGCGAAUCGCCGGAUGCCGGUUUGACCGGAGAAACUAGCGGUUCGGUUGAUAGGGUGUUGGUGUAGUCCGAUGACCGGUUUGAAUUGUUUUUAUUUGUAGGUAGGAUUAGAAGUGUAAAAUUGAAAAAGGAAAUGAAAUGAAUUACGUUACCGUUUGUAGCC